AUGUUGUCUUUACCUAUUCUGCGCAGAUGCGCCUUGUCGCAUUGUCGUUCUUCUGCACCGGCAACAACUUCUAUUUUUCUCGAUUUCCUCGCGCCAUCAACAUUUAAGCAUGGCCAAUCCCGGCAGGCUUCAACUACCGCCGGCACCCCCGGUGGCUCCAAACCUCUAUAUGUUCUCAGCAAAGAGCAACGCGAAUUCAUGGACAGUGCCCUGCGAGUGAAUCAAGCCGGUGAACUCGCCGCCACGCUGAUCUACAAAGCCCAAACGCCUCAGAUCGUCCGAUCAUAUCCGCACCUCCGACCUUUGAUGAAACACAUGUACGACCAGGAAGCCGGGCACCUUAAGACAUUCAAUCACCUCAUCGCUAAGCACCAAAUUCGUCCGACUGCCAUGUAUCCGGCAUGGGAGGUAGCUGCCACAUUUUUGGGUUGGUCGACUGCGGCGUUGGGUCGCGAAGCUGCGAUGGCUUGCACCGAAGCUGUGGAGACUGAAAUUGGAUCACACUACAACGACCAAGUAAGGGAGAUUCUGUCUUGGGAGGCAGAUGCCGAGAGGCGGGGGGAGGAGCUGGAUGAGGAACUUAAAGAAAUGUUGACCACAUUCCGGAGAAUUCGUGACGAGGAACUAGAGCAUCUCGACCAUGCUGUGGCCAACGACUCAAAGGAGGCGAAGCCCUACGAUCCGCUUGUCGAUGUCAUUCGUUUUGGAUGCAGGACCGCUAUCAAGAUCAGCGAGAAGAUCUAA